UCAGAGCCCGGAUGUUAAGAUGAGCAGGGCGGCCAUAUUGUCCGAGCAGCUGGAAGUCGCUGGUUGUAAGUCCUUAUUGCCGAAACCUUCUUGGCAAUGUUCAGAGCUUGUUUGCGCACCAGAACACAAUUUUCUUGCCCCUGAUUGAGGAAUGAAAAUUGAGAAACAGAAAACAGUGGUUCCAAAGGGGAGAUGCAAACCAUAUCCUGCCAACCACAGCCCAUUUCUGUGGCUGCCAUCACCAUGUACACCUGCUAUUGUGAUGGAGGGUGAACUUCCAAACUUAAGGGCUGCCAUCCAGGAUGAAAGGCCAGUGGACUUGCCCACCUUUGUUUUUCCCAAGAUGACACAACACAGUGGCAGCUUACCUGAAGGAACUGGAGCACGAGAACUCCAUCAGGUUAUGCAGCAGUGUUGCUCCCGUUUGUCUCAGUGGACUUUAGAGUCAAGGACCACAACACCACGCGUUCUGGAUUGGCUUAACAAUAGCCCUCUCAGGCAUCUCUCUAUUAAUGCAGUGCAGAAUCAUGUUGUGGCCCAGCCUAAAAGAAAAGAUUUUGGCCUGUCAUACAUGGAGAUAUAUCUUUGCUAUAUGUGUGGUGCAGAAUUUUCAAGCAAAGAAACACUGCAGAAACACCAAAUUCAGUGCAGCAGCAGCACACUUUCCCUCUCCAUACCAUCAACACCACCUAUUUCAGAGGCGCCAAGCCCCGGACCACCAACUGUCAGCUCUGAUGACACCACUUCUUUGGAGACCUCCUCCUGCUGCUGUGUAUAUUCUCAGCCACCACCAGUGUCAUUCAACAACUUUGUGGCUGCACUGGAUCUCGUGCCAGCCUCCCGUGCCAGGAAGAUACGCUUGGCACGUCGGCGCAACACGGAAUGCGAGACAAUAGAUUUGGAGGAGCCUCAGACAUCCAUCUCACCAACCACACCUCGCACCCCAAAAUCGUUAAUGUCUCAGCUCAGCAGAGAUGCUAGCAACUGUAAUGGCAGCGAAGGAGGACAGAGCCGUCGACGUCUAUCUUACCUUGCCCAGAUGCCAGACAAGACGGCAGAAAACAAUGAAGAGGAGAGUGGCAGCGAUGGAGAGAGCAGCAGCUCCAGCAGUGAAGAAGCUGAAGAUCCCAAACUGCACAAGAAGUCCUUGCUGUCCAUUGAUGUCACAUCAGGUUUGGGUCAGCGUGUUUUGAAGCACAUGACUUCAGAGGCCCAUGUUCCCAUAAUAGCUGAUGUUGAGCAGUUCUGUCACACUCCAAUCAAAGAUAUGUAUCAGGAUCGAUUGCGAGCCCGCCAGCAGGUGUAUCCUAUAACUUACAAGCUGACACACAAACGCCUUCGCCAGCAACAACACUGUCAUGUGUACAAGUUCACGCUGGAAGACAAAGUGGAGUUUAUGGAAAAGAUGAAGACUGGACUAGCCAGACGAAGCAGAGACCUGCUGCGGCACAUUCGAAAGUGCUCGGUAGUCCUAAGACGCCUGUCACUAAAGACCCUAUGCAAGUGGAAGCCUUCGCUAAAUAAAAUCUCAGUGUCUCUGAAGCCAUUGACGAUCAAAGAGAUCGCAUACUGGACCACUCCUAAAGUUUCUAUGUUAGGUGAAAUUUCACCAGCAGUAUUCCCCGAUGGACCCACAAUUUUAUUGACAGAUAUUGACCGUGUCCUGGGAUUGCGGCGCAAGCUUGGUGAAUCUUUAGGUGCUCGUAGGCUCUCAGCCAGCCAUUGUGUGUCGGAAGUUGCAAAUGCAGAGCUGCAGCAACAGAAACUGACUGUCUACAGAAGCCUUCUCUUAGAUCUGUCUCAUAGUGAUUGUGAACAAGUAGAAACUAUUGCUCAGUAUAGGCAGCACUGCAGUUUGGUCAGGUCCAGUUCUACAAAAACCAAAGAUAAGAUGAGAGGUACACGGAAGGAUCACUUUCCAGUUUUGUAUUCUAUGCUUAAUAAUUUGCCUCCGGAGAAGUCAAAUAAAAAUAGGCUUGCUUUCUCAGCACACUUGAAAAACCCUUUAAAGAUUGAAAUCCCAUCAUCAUCUGGUGUAAAAGAUUUAGUUUUGUCUUCAGGUGAAAAUAGAAAAAACUGUGCAUCAGACGACAGCUUCUCCAUCCGAACUUCAUCCUCUGAUGAAGAUUGUCCAGCUGCCUCUACUUGCUGUGUGCUGUGCACCAGGCGACAAAGCUGCGAGUGCACAGAGACCCAAACAUCAGGAAUGGGGUCAGCAGUGCCUCAGGUUCAGCUGUCGAAGAAAAUGUCAAGAGACUUGGAUACUUCGCAUUUGUCUUCAGUCUCAGCAUCUUCUUCCCAUGAUUUUUUGCAGGAGGGUCAAAGUAUAGACACUAAGUCUGUUUUCAUCUCAGCCAAAGGAUUGCAAUCUUCUGUUGUUCCAGAACAUUCUGUGUCAUCUUGUUCUUCUGCUGGUUCCCAGCUUCUUUCUUCGUCACAGGCUGCUAGUCAUAAUGAUGUAUCAUGUAAUAUCUUAAGAGAAAGAGAGUCAGGAAUUGUUGGUACUUCAGAUGUGAGAGAGACAGGAGGUGAAAAAUGUCCUCCAUGCCCUGAGCAACUGAAGCUGGACUUCACUCUGCAGAGUGAUCCAAGCCCAAAAGUAGAUACACAGUUGGAACCAGCACAGACUUUUGCACGGAAUCAUAUACAGAGGAAACCCAGCACAGCCACACGGAGUGGAGUGAAGAGCUAUAGGCUAGAGAUGCUGGAUAAGAAAAAACGACGGGCUCAGGACUUGAGGAGAAAUGGUAUGAAUCAGGCUAAGAACAUUGUAAGUUACAGUAAAUAUGAAAGGUGUGGUGGUCAGCAGGCAAAAUCACCAGACAGAAGGCACAGCAGCCGUAAAAGAAAGGUGGACAGUAUUGCUAAUGUCAGUGAUAAUCACAAAGAGAAAAAUGUUGCUAAGAAUAGAACAUUGCGCAGUGGUAACUCUAUUGCCAGCAGAAUUCAGGGACUGGUGUUUGAAAAAGCAGUACCACGCACCUCUAUGAGGCAAAAAAGACAGAAGGGGGCAGGUCUUUCUGGGAGAGAAAAUGCUCUCACUGGUGAUACACGAAGUGGCCUACGCUGUACUGCUACUAGUAGUAGGAGUGAGAGUUUUGCUGUUACUACAAGGACCUCGAGCAAAGGUUUUUCCAGCAGCUGCAGUGACAAGAACACAGAAUCUGUGGUUAAUUCAAAAAAAUUGAAUUCCUUGUUAGUGAUACCAGAGAUGGCAAAAAAUAUCUCAGAAGUAAUGGCAGAUCCAUUACUUGACACUCCGAGAACCCAGUUAAAUGGCAGUGGCUCUUCAGGCUCUGUGAAAAUGCAAACCGAUAAUCCCUUCUUGCUGGGCAAAGAACAGGCAGUUUUGUUUUCUUCCACCAUCAGGGCACAAGCUCGUAGACAGCUUGUGACCUCUGAGGAGCCGCACUUGGGGACUAAGAACAGGCUCGUGUCAGGAAACUUAUCCAGAACAUGUCCUUCUCACUGGGAAUCAACGCCAAACAGUUUUUUUGGUACAUCUUCACAGCUGACAGGUGUGCUAGGGUUUUUGUCAUCUUCCUUAAAUGCCACACAGUCCCAGGAUCAGUCUAAUCCCUCUUUGGCAAAACGAGAGGAAACUUUAUCUUCCGAAACUUUAACCAAAGCGCAUGUUUGUAAGCGUCUUUCACCCUUGCAAAUGCUGUCUGUGCUAGAGUCUGCUAAAGAAGGAACAAUGUCACCAAGCAGAAGGUUGUUAAUGCAAAAAGGCAAGGGGAGAAGCCCUAGAUCAAAGAAACCAUUGCAGUCAAGCAGCAAGAAAACUGGUUACCUGUUGCGUGCCAUGGACUCUAACAGUCAUGUGAAAAAAAUGCGUCUGGGAUCAUGCAUGUAGAUGUACUUGUGCUUUUACUACUGCAUUGUGUGCAAGAGACUUAUUUUGUUAUUAGAAAAAUAAUCUUAUAUGUAAUCAUACCUGUAUGCAGUAAGAAAGGAUUUAACACAAGACUCCGACCAAGCUAGCUUUGUUCUGUUACAGUCUUUGUAAAGACAUCUAUAAUUAUGUUCACAUGAGUGGUUGGUACCUCGGAACACAUUAGCGUCUUUCAUUGUGCUUUGUUUCACUGAUCUUAAGACCUGAGUGAUAGGAAUUUGUGUUUAGACUGAAAAGAUUGGGAUGUUUCCAGACUUGCGUGCUAACAUAUUGUACAUGCUCCUGAAUGGUUUUGUGCAUUUGAAUGACAUUUCCUUCUGCUACUGUUUAUUUAUCUUUCUGUUUGUUUGUUUGGUUUUUUGUAUGAUGUUGGGGAGGGAGGUGUAAAGAGGGAAUCAGAUGUGUUGCUGUUAGCAUAAUGUAUAAGUAUAAAGUAAUUAACACGUCUCAUGGAUGACACAAACGGUUUUUAGAAUAAACUUAUCAUAGUGCUCCAUGCUAGAUUUAGACAGGUACAAAAUAAAUUCAUACCUGACUGAAGUGACAAUUAACCCUCUUAGCACGAUGGGCCAUGAUCAUGGCUUUGCUGUAAAGUAUGGGGGAGGCGAUUUUACUUAAAUUGUAAAGUUCACGUUUUCUCCUUUCCAAAAAUAGAUAGGUUUCUUGGUCUAAUGUUUACCUCAGAGCAGCAACAAUAAAAAACAAACUUCACUUACUGUUGUCUUUACAGUUUUCAGUUAUAAGCCAGUCAUUGUAAUCUUAUAUUUUUAUGUGGUGCUAAGAGGGUUAACUUACUGAAAGCUGCUUAUUUGCUGUGUAAUCUGACCACUGUCACUGUCAUGUUUAAGUGCAGUGACUGAAGGUCAUGCGAUGACUUAAUUACAUGUAGGGCUCAGUCUAGUAAUAGCACAGAUAUUAUGAUGGCCACUUUACAAAAGUACUGAUGACACAUUAAUUACAAGGUCUUAUAGCUGUUUGUUUUUUUUUUAUUUGGUGAACUACAGUUACAUUCCCCCUCCAUCACAUACCAAUGUUUAGUAGAUCUCUACAUCAUAAUAACAAAUAGGUUGUAGGAAGAUUGAAAAGUAGAGAAUAGCAGUAAUCCAGAGGACAAUACAUAAGCAGAUGUGAGCUUUUUCUUGGUGAAAACUGACAGGAAGGGUCAAACGUGACUGACCUUACAAAGCUCAAGGAAGGUAGGCUUGCAGACUGCAUUGACAUCAGAUUCAUGAGACUGAUGCAUCAGUGAUAAACAUCAAGACUCCCAAUAGGCUGGGGGAAAAAAAAAAAAACUCAGAGAAAGCAAAAGCAAUAGAGGAUGGCACUUAGUUUAUUUGCAGAGGCUGGUGGAAUGACCUCAGGUUCGUGGUCGUUAUUUUUAGUUGGCAGACAUCCAGCUUUCACAGAAUCUACUGUUGUGUGUGCCUGAUGGUGCCCAGAAAUGAGGCCAGGCACUAGCAGCUGUGUAUCCUCAGCAUACGUGUGAAACUGUAGGCCCUGAGGGUGGAUGGCAGGACCAAGUGGUUGGAUGUACACAGGAUAAAUGAUGCCUUAGAACAAACCCUUGAGGCACCCAUUCAAAAGACCAGGCAAAGAUGUGAUACCUUCAGCUAUCACAGACUGGGUGCAGUCGGCCUAGUAGGACCAGAACCUGUUUCCAACAAGUAUCAGAGCGACUGAAAGUCUAAUAGGCAGCAACAAUCAUGUAAUUGUAAAUGCUAAUGGUUUACCGUUCUUUUGUGUUGGUUAUAAUUAGCAGCAGAUAUUUUAAUGUUUGAAUAGGAAUUUCAUUUUUCUGCGUAUUGUCAUUGGGGCUGUGAAUUCUGGCUCUUUAUUGUUUUUAUAAAUGUGGGUAUUAUUAAUGUUGUUAAUUGCAGGUCAGUUGGCACAUUUUUGUUAUUAGGUUGAGACUAAAGUUUCUUCUUGUGCUUCAUCUCAUCUCAAACACAUUCAAAAGUAUUCGUGAUUUUGUGCUGGAAGAGUCCUAUGUAGAAAAUAAAGGGAACGUGUACAUAGGUUUAUCUGAGUUGCAGGUGAUCACCAUUAAUUAAACGUUAAUAGGAAUUUGUUGUUUUAGACCCUACCUAGUGUGCUUGUAGGAGAUUAGGAGAUGAGAGGCCUUUUCAUCAAAGGAACUAAACUAUCCUGAUUUAAUGGGGUGGGUGAGUGGGUAGAAACAUACAAAUAAAUGUAAAUUGUGAUGAAUUCAUCUCAAGUGACAUAAGACUUGCAUUGACAAUUGUCGCUCAUAUGGACAUGGAGCAUUGUGAAGUCUUAAGGCCAGGCUUAUAUGUUCUGUUUUCCAGUAGUGACAGAUCGAAGUAGAUUGAGUAGACUGAAACCCUUUAAAAGUACACAUCUGUCAGUGUAGUACACUGGACUUUCAUUUGAGUUGAUCUUAAUGUAACACACUUUGAAAAAAAAUGACAGGAUGCAGCUCCUCUUAUGGCCUACAGAAAGUACAAAGAAAUUAGAUAUUUGGCAACAUCUAUAAUAUUUAUGUACUUAAAUUUGUUUCUCAAAUAUUUUGGUGGAGUGGAUGCUGGAUUUAUUAUGACUAUGUGAUGCACAGUUUAAAAUUUUUGCAAUGUUCCUUUUUCAGAUUUUAUGACAUAUUGGCUUGAGACACAAAUAUGUUGUACAUACUUUGCCUCCCCCUCAAAAGAUUUUUAUGUAUAGGAGGCUUCUUAAUUUUACGAAAAUCAUAAAGGAAAAUGUCUCAAGCUUUGUAAAUUUUCCAAAUGAAUCUUCAUAUCUGAAUGUCAACAUACAUGACUGUAAUUCAUACGUAGAAUGUUUGCAAUGUAUAAACUUACGUUUUAAUGAAGCAAAUUUUAAGUGUCACAUUUUGGACCUAUAUUUUUUUAUUUUGACCUGUGGAAUUUGUUUUUAAAAAAAGCUCAGAAAGGUGUGCACACAUGCCGUCAGUCUUGAAGUACUCCAAACAUUAGCUGGAAAUUGAAAUAACAGUUUUAAAAAUACCCCAAAAAACUGUGAAUUUAAAUAUGUACUGUUUAAAAUUCUGUGAUCUUUUCAUGCAUUUUAAAUUCAUGUUGGCCUCUUUAGUUGGUUUUCUUUCCAUGCUUAACUUAAUUUAUUGGUCUCCUCUAACUUUUAAAUAUGUUUUUUGAAUAGUUUGGUUUAUUCCUUGAAUAUGUAUAAUGAAGGUUUAAUGUUGAAAGUUUAUUUUUAAAAACUGAGCUUUUCCUCCUGGUUAUAUAUUUAUAUGAUGGGCUCUAUGAUCAUAUAGCGGUCCGGUGGUGCAAGGGUUAGCGCCUGUCACCAAUACAGUGAAGGUUG